AUGGAUCCGUUAUCCAUUACCGCCAGUAUUGCUGGACUGAUAACGCUGGCAGGCGUCAUUAUCUCAAAAGGCUUCCAGCUCUCAGACAGAUUCGCCAAUUCGGAGAAAGAACUAGAUUCACUUCUUAGUGAAGUUUCGAUCUUCUCCGGCCUUUUAGUCGGCGUGCAGUCACAUUUUCAACAUGAUCAAGCGUCGAGCAAUGCUCCCUCCAGCUCCAGGGUCGUACCAGAAGGUCAGAGUGGAGUGCAAAUGCCAACGGCUCUAGUCAAACAUAUUCAAACUGCUCUUAAGGAUUGCAAUGCUAUAUUGGAAGACGUUAAGAAGCUAGUUGAAAAGUUGGUAAUAUGCAUUAGUGCGCACGAAGAGGAAUCCAACCUAGUUAUCUCCCUUAUGAAGGACCAAUUGGAGGUGAUCGGGUCUGCACAGAAGCGUCUUGAAGAGAAGCAUGAAGCCGAAAUACAAAGCAAAAUGAAGGACGAGAUCUUUGAGUGGCUGGGGGAUGCCACAGUAGCAGCUCACAGUGACGCUUUAGAAUCAAGGCACCCAGAAUCAGGAACUUGGUUCCUUAGCAGCCCUGAAUUCACCGGUUGGAUAUCAGGAGACUUCUCCUAUUUCUGUCUUGAUGGAAUAGGAAGCCACUUUUCCACUGUUUUCCUGGUAAUCGAUGGGAUUGAUGAAUUCGCGCAAUUUGGUGUCUUACUGCGCAUCAUUCAAGACAUCCCUCUCGCUUCUGAGACUUUCAGGGUUUUAAUCUCAAGUCGAAGUGAUGCUACUCUUAUUCAUUCAUUGUCAAACUUUCGUCACAUAAGCUUGAGCUGCGACCGUAUCCACAAUGAUAUUGAACGAUAUGUCCGAUCUCGCGUCUCAAACUUCCGGUGGCAUGACGUCCCAGACAUAGAGGAAAUAAUUGAAGGAUUAGUGAAAGGUGCUGAUGGAAUGUUUCUAUGGGCGGCUUAUCAACUAGACUCUUUAUCGCGGAUACGGACAGCAAUAUCAAAAUCUGCUCUUAAAUCAUUACCGCGAGGGUUAGGACGCACAUACGAAAACAUUCUAUCCAAGUUAUCGGAUGAAGACAAACGGCUAGCCAUCAAAAUAUUACAAUUUAUUCUAUUUUCUGAGCACGGUCUACAUUCCGCUGAGCUAAUAGAAGCGGUUGCCAUAGAGGCCGGCCAGGUAAGCCUACAACAACUCAAGGAGAACAAGCUUCGCAGUGAGGACGAUAUUUUUGAAAUUUGCAGCAACCUUAUACGGCGCUCAAAGGCUACUGGUCACAUCAUGCUAGCCCACCACUCUGUUCGAGAAUUUUUAAUAUCCCCUUCUUUGGAGUCCGGAGAGUCAAAUCCUUUUUAUAUCUGCGAUACAGAUACAACUGCCGAAAUUGCAAUCUCAUGCCUCACUUAUCUUAACUUUAAGGAUUUUGGUGCUCUAUCACUUUCCCAGGACAUUACUGAUAUUGUUCUUGAUGGUCUUGUCGUUGAACAUCCUUUCCUUGGCUAUGCUACAUGCAAUUGGUCUCACCAUAUUUCCGACUCCAGCUUCAAGCCCCAGUGUCUAUUAGAAACCCUUAUCACAAAAUUCUUCGAUCCAAAUCGUGGAAAUUUUGAAUUUUGGGUCACUUUUGCACAGUACACCUACGGACAUUUUCGAAUCCCCUCAAAGUUGACACCGCUUCAUUCAGCUCUACAUAAGGCGAUAGAGCUUGGAGAUAAAGAUUCUGUGAUAUCGCUCCUGAGUGCUGGAGCAAAUGUUAACGUUGUAUCGCAUGACGGAGCUACGGCUUUUAGCAUUGCAGCAGAAAACCACUGGACUGGAAUAAUGCAUGAAAUUGCAAUGAUGGCUGAAACCAAUCGUACUCUCCCAGAUGGCCGUACAACCUUGCACCUUGCCGCUCAAUCUGGAGACAUCAAAACCGCGGCAUAUUUAAUUGGGAGGGAUAAAUCAGUAUUACAUCGAAAAGAUCGAAACAAAUGGACGGCUCUUCACUUUGCGGCUCACCAUGGGCAGGCCCACAUGGUCGAAUUUCUAUUAGAACAAGGUAUAAAGCCAAGUUUGGAUAUCAACGAAUGGUCACCAGCGCAUUCGGCCAUUCAGCAUCGAGAUCCUAUAACUCUAAAACGGUUACUGAGAAGCUCCUGGUCAACUCACUAUGUACCUUCACCCGACCCUUUUCAUAAACCCGGCUGGCAAGCUCUCUUACACAAUAGGAAAUACGGAUACACAGGCAGGUUCACUCAACGAGAGCCUAGAGUAUUAAGUGGAUCUCCAUGGACUACGCCUACACAUGGAGACCAGAUGCAAAAUAUCAGCCAGGAUAGCACUUUAAUAUCGGGGUCACCCUUUAACGUCGAAGAAAACUUGGAAACAUUUGGAUAUCCAAACGACUCGGCUGAACCAGAAUCCUCAUUACGUUCGGAUCUUAGUCUAUACAAAGAUGCGGGACGUAAUCUACCUAGUGGAGAGAGGUUCGGGUCACUAGGUGGCUUAGCUGAACGAGGACUGGGCCUAUCAAACCCUCCAAGUUUAACCCAAAGUGCAUCACCAAGCCUAGCUGGGGCUUCGCUCUCAGUGUCCUCACCACUUUCUUCUAGUAGAAGAAGAAUUUCUGGAGCACAUAGGGCGCGUAUUCACGACUCCUUUCCGCUAGAGUUUCGCUUCGUUAUACGCUCCCUACUCGAGCUUACCAUAUCCUUGAACUAUCCCGACGCCUUUGAAUGCCUUCUGGAAUGCCAGGCACAACACAUCGUUGUGGAACUAGAUCAUCUAGAACUCUCCAUGGAGACCGUUCAAUCCGUGAACGCCAGGGCAACCUUGCAGUGUUCCUAA